AUGAAUCACUUAGAAAAACUUGAUACUUUGGUUGUUAAUAAUAAAAGAGCUGCUGGUUUAAUUGCUGCUGGAGCUGUUGGCUAUGUUGCUCUCAAGGCUCUUUCAAAGGUAGCUUGUUUAUUCAAAAAAUUUGUCCUUCCAGGAUACAAUUUGAUUGAAAGAUAUGGAAAGGGAUCUUAUGCUGCUGUAACUGCUUGUACUGAUGGAAUUGGAAAGGGUUUUGUUCUUGAACUUGCUAAGAGAGGUUUUAACUUAGUUAUGUUUGUUAGAAAUGUUGAAAAAGCUUAAGCAUUAGUUGAGGAAAUUAAAAAAACAAUUAAUGACAAGAUUGAUGUUAAGAUAGUUCAAAUAGAUUUCUUAAAAGUGAAUCAACCUGGUGUUGUUUAAGCUGCUGUUAAGUAAGUAGAAGAUGUCGAUAUCAGUUUAUUAGUUAAUAAUGCAGGUAUGAGUAUUACCAAUAAGCUCUCUAUUGAGUCAUACACAGAAGAAGAGCUUUCAAAUAUGCUAGUGUUCAAUAUAUACACUUAAGUACUUUUUACUUAUUAUCUACUUCCAAAGCUUAGAAACAGAGGAAAAAAGAGUGGCAUAAUUAACUUAUCUAGUGUAUCAACUGUCAUUAGUAUGGCUGGUUUCCACAUGUACACAGGUACCAAGAUGUUUAAUGACUACUUUAGUAAGAGUAUGGGAGAAGAAUAUAAAGGCAUCAUUGAUGUUAUGUCUCUAAAACCAGGAUUUGUUGAUACUCCAUUGGUUUCAUCAGUAAAGGAAAAAAGACUUUGUAUCUAACCUCAAGAAUGUGCUAAUGCUGCUUUAAAUUACCUUGGUAGAUAUGAAGAAACUAAUGGACACUACAAACAUAUGUAUGGUUCUUUCACCUAAAGUAUUCUUAAACCUGUUAUUAAUAAUAAAAUCCGUAAAAUGUGCUAAGCUGAAAGAGAGAAAAAGUAAAUAUCUUAAUGA